AUUGUGAAUUUGACUUGCGUAGUUCCUUCAACAAUGUAUCUAAUUUCCGGCAAACAGUUAAUUUUUCGUUCUUGAGUGUCUGCAAAGAAUAAUAUUUUGAAUUAUUUUCAGUAAUUAUAAGUAAAAUUAUCUAUUUAAUUAUUUCAUUUAUGAAAAUAAAAGUGCUCAGUUUCAUAUCUAUUGGUUGAUGUUCAAAAAGAUUAUUGUUUCAAAAUGGCCAACAAGGUUUACCGGCAGUUUCCAAACAUGAAGGGCGUCCGGGAAUGAGUUUAUUUAUUUACAACUAGGACAAUAGAAUUCGCAAGUGUUAACGUUAAUUGUGUUUUUUAAUUAAUAUAUUAUUUAGCACCCCGCCCGAUAGGAGUGUCAAUCGUAUUUCGAUACUUGAAUUAUAAAAAGAAAAAAAAACUUGAUUGAUAGUAGUUAUAAUGGCGGUCGUUUCAUAAUGUAUUGAACUGAAAAUAUUCCAGUGAAUUUUUUUUAGUUUUCUACAAAGUUAUUGAAUUAGGAACGAUUUUAAGUUAUAAAAAUGGGUGUCGACGAUCUUCAAACGUUUUUAGAAAGUCCUUCUCUUGAAGGAGGAGCUGUCUCUGUUGAUCUUUUAAAAAUUGCUAGAAAUGUAACACAAAGACAACAACCACAUAAUACGAAUAGGAAAAUUCGACCGAUUGGUAAUAAAUUAAAACUAAUCGUGGAUGCAGAAAAUUGUUUAGACAGACUUUAUGGAGGAUAUUUUUCAGAUUGGGCUUGCGGUGGCCAAUGGAAUCGUAUGGUUCAAUUUUUGUCUCUGUUGACUCAAGCUAUCGAACGUGGUAAUAUUGAACUGGCUGUGGUAUUUAAUGGUACAAUCGAACAAUGUAGGAUUAAUGAAUGGAUUGCGGAACAAGCUAACGUACGGCAAAAAGUCGGAAUGGUAUUGAAGCAUAUCAAUACCAAAGCAACCCCACCUCCAAAAGUAUGGUGGACACCGCCGACUUGCCUUAGAUCUGCUCUUAGAAUGGCACUAAGACAUUUGGGAGUUACCGUGAUGUGUACUAUGGAUGACCAUCAUCAAGAAGUUAUAGCCUAUUGUAGAGAGUACGGAUUUCAUGGUUUGUUGGCAGAUGAUGCUGAAUAUGCUGCAUUCGAUCCUCCUAGAUAUUUUUCAUCUGAAAAUCUCAAGCUGACAUACAAAGGUUCUAUUGAAACUAAGGAAUAUAUGAUAAGCGAACUGACGAAAACUUUGAAAAUUACACAAGAACAAGUUUGUAUCAUGGCAUCUUUGCUUGGUAACUUUUUAUUGCCGGAAACUGACCUACAAGAUUUGUACAAGAAAUUGAACUUAACUAAAGUUACUGCUGAAAAUGGUCCAGAAAAUAAUAUCAAGAAAUUAGCUGAAUUUGUUAGUAACCUACCAUCGCCGUCUAAUAUGGACGCUCUAGUUGUAGCUGUACUGGGUUCGUUGGAGGAUAAGCGCGCCUCAAAAUUUAGACAAUCUGUACAAUAUUAUUUAAACGGUACUGCCAGCGGGUUUUUGAAAUACUGCACACCUCCGGUUAAAACAAAACCCAAAAAGAACACUCAAUCGCAACAAAAUGAUACUGCACAUUCUAAAUCUGAAGAUAAUGAUUUGGAUACGUCUGGAUUCGCUUCUGAAACCACCGAACAAGAACGUGAGACUUUACAAAAUUACAAGCAAGCGACGGCGCAUUCAGUAAUUGGAGAAUUCAACGGAUUGGAUAGAGACAUGAAAGGAUCUCCAAAUGAUAAAUAUCUGGACGAUUCUUCUGAUUCUUCGAGAUUCAACGGCGUUUCUAAUGGUUCUGUUUCUUCAUCUUCUUCAGGGAAGAAUGACGCUGGUAUGUCUUCUAGCAACCAGGCUGCCAAUUCCUCCAAUAAUACUACUACUUCGAAAAGAAUCUCGAAAGCAAAAACAUCAGUUGUAGGUAAUGUAAUUACACCACCAGUAUCCCCGGACGUUUUGCGCACAGCAUCCCUUCGUCAUCAAAAAGGUUUAAUGGCUCCGUUGAUAUUGCACGUAUUGAGCACGCAAGAAAUCAGACUACCCUGUUUAAUGGAAGACGAGAGCAACAGAGAUUUCCCGCCCAUUCACGACAUUUACCAACUGUUGAGACAAAGAAUUUACGCGGUUCUAUUCAAUUUACAUCACCUGAGAUACGUACACACCAAGAAAAAAGAAUCCGGGGAUUUGCCGGAGAACGCCCCGCAACCGGAAAUCGUAGUGAAAGAAUGGAUUUAUAGUCGUUCGAAUCCGUACCAACGUCCGGAAGAAGUGAAAGCCGAACCUCUACCUUGGGCAGUACCGACACUUCAACGCCUAUGGUUCGGUCCCUCAGUCGACGACAAAAGACGUAGGAUGCGCGCUCUGUUAUCCUGUUUGAAUUCUGAUACGCCUCUGAUCCUAAAUACGGCUUACGUACCGCAACACAUGUUGAUCAUGGCUUGCGUCUUAAGAUAUAUCAUGUCUCAAGAGAAACCGAUUAUGCGUCGAAACGAAUUGGACGCUUUCAUAUGUCACGCCUUCAAUCCGAACCUCAUGAAUCCGCAAUAUUUGCAAGAAUUGACGUUGAAUGUUGUGACGAGUCGUGGCGUUCAAUUGGCAGCUCUGUUUAUGAAAGGGGUAGAUAUGGCUUUGAUAGCCAACGACGCGUGCGGUGCGCCUCUUCCGUGGCUGAUGUGUUGUCCUUGGUUAUAUUUCGAUGGAAAAUUGUUCCACUAUACUUUAACUAGAUCGGCGCAUGCCAAAAACAUCCUCGAAGUUUGCGAGAACUACAUUGAACGAGUAGUUAAAGUAGAAAGAAUGAGAAAAGCCAUAUUGGAAGGUCUCGAUGUUAAAUUUGCGAAAGUACCCCUGCCGCCGUUCGCAGGACCAACUAUGCUCCGUACGCUGCCCCCUCCGCACGUUUUACCGAAUUUAAAUCUACAAUCGUCUCGAGGAGGAAGCGGAGGAGUUCCGUCCUUACGUCAAAGACCAAUACCGUCUAGGGGUGGUCAACUUCAAGUAGCCGGCGUCGUGGUCGGCUCGUGGGGCGCCAAUUACGGUUAUCAAGGUGGUGCAAGACAAAUGGUACCGGGAGGUUAUACGGCUAGAGGUGGAAGAGGAAGAAAUACAAGUGUCGGUAACCAAAUGUCAGGUGGAGGAGGAUACCAGAACAGUUACGGAGGAAGAGGUAGAGGACAAAAUCGGAAACCUGGGAUGCCCACUUUUCCCGUCAAUGCUAGAAAGAAUCAGGUGAAUAAAAAGCGGAAUACCAACAAAUCUAACAAGGGGCAAAAGCAACAGGGUGUAGCUUUGACGGUUAAAACUGAUAGCGGAGACGUACCGGUAAGUGAUGUGGUAAUAGCAGAAGACGGCACCACCGGAUCGGGAGGGAAAAAAGAAGACUGCGCCGAGAGCGUCGAACAUAAAGGACAAGGAGACGCUCCGUGUAAAGUCGAACCCACCGAUUAAAUUUUCCAAUCCUCCCCAUUUUUUUAUUUUUUUUCGUUUGUUAUUUUUUUUUCAAAUCGCGAGUGAACAGAACGCUAACGAGUGCAUCUUUAAUUUUUUUUUAUUAUUAUUUUUCUUUUAUUAUUUAAGUAGGUUUAAACACAGACGCUUUGAAAUAAAUGGUAAAUCGAUUUAUGAAGUGAAAGACAUUUUUUUUAAUUCGAUUGUAAUCGUUUUAAAUUGAAUGUAAACAAAAAAGUAACUCAUCAAUAACGUAAAAAAUUCGUCGAUUAGUAGCAAGAACGUCGUAUCUCCGAUUCGGAGUUGCGACUUUGUUGCUCGUAUUAACGAUACCGAUAUACGGAAAUAGGCUUUACAUGAAAACAAAUAGUCAAGUCGUUUGUGUUAAAUGACCGGACAAAAGUAAAUUAUUUGAUUUACUUUUUUGUUAUAUAAAGUGCUAACAGACAUUUUUUACUACAGGGUUAGAGUAAAAAGUAUUUUAGAAGGUGUCACUGCUGCUCGAGUCCCGUGUUCAAAAAGUAAGGACUGAUUUAUUCGAGAGCUUUGUAUAUUUUUCUAUGUUUGUUACGACUGUUAUAUAAUUAUAUAUUGACUGAAGAGGGCGCUGUGAGCGUCGCUGUGAUCAUAUUUAUGGUAUUUAUAAUACGUUUUAGAAAGAUCUGUCGAUAAAGGCGCUAUUGAGAUUUAGCGACGUGAAUGAUGGUGUUUUUUUUUUCUAAAAGGAUGGUUCGCUAUAUAUAAUAUAUACACACAACAGGCAUUUAUAAAAAUUUUCUUUUGAUAAGAAACGAUGACAUAUAUACCGAGAGAGUUGAAAUAUACAGAUUUCAACUUUAAAACCCCCCUUACCCCCCCAAAAAAAAACUAUUUAUCCGCGACGGUACCGCGUCCCGGUUAAAGGAAUUGCCCAAAUUUGUGCGAUUGCGCAAAACAGUAAAUGAUUUUACAUAAUCUACUCGAUGAUAUACGUCGAGGUGUAUAAUUGCCGCGCUCUUGUUGCUCAUGGAGAGACGAAUACAGCAUUCGAAAUGGAACUAAUUUUUUUUCGUACGAAAAAAAAAAUGUAAUCUCUUUGUAACCACUUGAAUGGAAAUAAUACGAGGAAUCGACGAUGAUCCUCAUUUUCAUCGAACGAAAUAUAAAUUGCUUAUCCAAAAGUAAAACAAAUAUUUUUCUUAAUGGAAAAGGGGGAGGUGAAAUCGUACUGCGUCUGGCGAUCCGCUAGGAAAUUAACCGCGUUUCUGAUAAAACCAUAGAUCUACGUAUUUUGUUUAGAAAAAUUCGAUGGCGAUUGGGAACAAUUAUACAAAAAAUGUCGAAACCAUAGAUCUACAUUAUAUAUUUUAUUGUAAAAAAAAUUCAUAGAUUUUCACGAGAUGUCCGAUGGAAAAUUAAAAAUUUCGAACGGAUUCUUCGGUGUUUGUACAAAGAUUAAUUGAAAACUAUAAAAUCCGCACGAUUUUCAAUGUCUUAAUGAAACCGUAGUGGUACAAAUAGUAAUUAGAAACUGUAAAUUACGAGGUGCAAGUAAAAUGAGCAUUGUUCUCAAUGUUUUGAUCAAUCCUUAAAUUUGAGUGAAGAUUAUCUGUUGGAACUACAAGAAGAUGACGUCAAAUAGUAUGAAACCAUAGAUCUAAACCAUAUACUUUUAUUUCUAACGUGUCAACAUUAGAACGAACCGUAGAUCUAUACACCUGCAAGUAUCCCAACUGGUAUAUUACCAUAGAUCUAAAUUUCGUUUCAACCAAACGCGAUCUAAGGACAUUUUAUAAUCAGCAUGCGCAUUUUAGAGCGAACCAUAGAUCUAAAUAAAUAUGAGAGAGUAGUACUACAAUCUAAACAAAUUGACAUAUUUUUAUAGUCCCUUCUCAAUAACGUGUUAUUGUAAACGUUAGAAUGAACCACAGAUCCAUAUAUUUUUUUAUAACACGAAUAUAUAAUAAUUCAAAUUCUAACGAAAUGUACCCAAAUAUUUGGAAAGUUUUGACGGUUUGUUCCUCUGUCAAACCAUAGAUCUACAAGUGUAAUAAUCUAUUGGUAACAUUUCGGAAUAUGAUCAUUUUAUGGUUGCGUUAGGAGAACCGUGGUUAGGUUUUGAAGAUUUUUUUCCAAUAGUUUGUGAUGGAAAACCAUAGAUCUACACCGGGGAACUAUAACAUUUCAAUAUUUGGCGGAUCGCCGGUUCGAUUGUCACCUCUUUCGAUAGUAGCUGUUUAAUACCGUACCCCUACACUUUGUAGUUCAUAAAUUACAAUCAUUUAGCUCACAAUAUAGUGUAAUUAGAAAAAUUCAUCCGUAACCGGAUGUGAACCAUAUAUAAUCUUUAUGUUGUAAAAUUGGUGCUUUGAUUUUUUUUGUUUUCGGUGUUCAUAUGUACAACGAAAUUUAAGUCAGAUUUCGAAAUUGAAAAAAAAAUGUUGAUACACCUUUUGUUUAUAUAUAGUCAAAAGGGGGUGUGAUAUCGAUCAUUCAAGAACAUAUUUUUUUUUUUUAAAUCGUUAUCUCAUCUUAAAUUUCGAAAACAUUCAACAUAUAAAUAAUUUUCACUUUUUUCUGAUCUUUUUUGUUCUGUAUAAGUUGCUUUUUUUAGUUUAUCGUUAACUACGAGGGUUUACCAAAUAUUUGUAUUGUAACAUUUUUUUCUUAUAUCAAACGGUAACCUUCGCUUCAUUUUUUUUUAAAAACAAACUUUUUAUAACUUAUAAAUAGUAUAAUCAAUGCUUAUUACAUACAUAUUUAGAAAUAUUUCGGAAAUGUAGCAGUAAAAAAAAUUUUUUUUCUAAUAAUAUUCUGGUUAAAACUCCUAACUUCUUCCGAGUUUUUUUUCACUAGUUUUAAAACUAUAAAAAAAACGAUUAUUUAUUGCCUUCUAUCGAUUUAUUCCAAUUUAAUUGUGCAUUAAAUUUUCAAAAACCCCUCGUAUACUAAAACUACCAAAUCUUAUUUUAAAUACUUUUUUUAUCGAUCCUAUAAAAUUUUCUAGGAAUAUUCACUAAAAAUUGAUAUAAAAUUAUUUAUUUAAAAAAAUUAUUUUACUACGGGGGGUAUAAGAAAAAUUGUAAUUAUUUAAAAUUAUAUAAACUUGGAAGUUGUUAAACGAUUUUAACUCUUAAUUUUUUUCUGUAUUCAAGUUAUGUACUUUUCGAUAUAUAUGUGUAUAAUGGCUCUAUGGGUCAAAGGGCAAACGUAACUAAAUAUUUAAAAGGUUAGAAAUAGUUAUGGUGAUUUUGGAAAACUUGGGACAAUAUCGCUCCUAUAUAUAUAAAUAUAUAAUUUUUAAUUUUUUUUUGUUCUUGAAGCUCUAUGUGCGUUUCAAGAUAUAAAUUAUGAAAAAAAUGACUUUGCUAAUCAAAAUGCUGUUGUCUUGAUGUUUAUUCUGAAAUCACAUGAUCCAGUGUCACUUUUUUUCUUAAUAAUUAUUCAAAUAUAAAAAACAAAACUACCGUUCAACUGUACGACAGUUUUUAUAGUCUAAUGGGCAAAAAGGAAUUAAAACAUGAAAUUUUGUAUGGAUUGCCAGACGGAUGUGGUUAAGACAGUUGAAAGAGUUUGUUUGAUAUAUAGUAUACAAUUGAACCAUU